AUGACGGAGAUCAAAAAGGACGGAUAUGUGCAAGUAAAAGAGGAUGGUAUAAAAGCGUGGAUGUGGUCCAAACGAUAUGUAGUCUUGCGUGAUCAAACUCUCACUUUUCAUCGAAAUGAGCAAACCGGUCAAUGUGUGGCACUGAUUAUGCUUAAAGACAUCCGUGCGGUGGCUCGUACAGAGCUCAAAACUCAUUGUUUUGAGAUCGCUACCAAAGGAAAAUCAUACUUUAUCGCGUGUAAGAAUGACGAGGAACUGUACUCCUGGAUGGACGAUAUAUACAAUCGAUCUCCGUCAGGCAUGUCCAAUCCCACGGAUUUUGUUCACAACGUCCACGUUGGAUUUGAUCCAAUCACAGGCGCAUUCACAGGUUUGCCCGAACAAUGGAAUGUGCUCCUCAAAAGUUCCAAAAUCACAGCCCAAGACGCUGCCACGCAUCCCCAAGCCGUCCUGGAAGUUUUGGAGUUCUUUACCGAACAAGCAAGAAAAGAAAACCACCACAACCAUAAUCUCCACAAAAACCAUCCGUUACCCUCCACCCCGCAUGAUCUCCCGAAAAAGAAACAUCAGGCACCGCAACCUACCCCUUGCCACUCCACCCCCACACUAAGACAUUUCCGUGACACUCCUCCGCGAAUCCCAAAGCAGAAAUCCAUCCCCACAAAAACAAAACCAUCGCCAUCCAAAGACGAAAAACAACAACAACAUCCACCAUCAGAGCCGGGGAUACGCAAGACGGAAAGCCGAAUGAAUGUUCAUACUCCAUCUUCCACUGGGCUGGCCGCUGGCUUGGCCAGUCAUACUGCGUCUUCCACAUCCCGCAUACCCGUACUGCAAAGUGCCAACAACAGUCGCACCACGCCACCCACACCUGAACCUUCUCUGUCACAGACUCAUCCAUCAUCGCAUUCCGAAAAAAACAAACCACUGCCAACCCCCACCGUCUCCCUUGAAAAAUCACGCUUUGAACGCGAAAAAGAACGAUUACGCCAAGCCGCAGCCACGUUGGAUCGAAAGGGACGACCUUUUGACAGGAAACACACUGCCAUCCCAGACAAUCCAAAGGAUCAGGAACGCGGACCCAUACCAAGAUUGCAACCGAGCUUACCGUUGAGAAAACCAUUGACACCCCAUCCAGAAACAUCGACACCGCUGCUUCCUGGUGGUCAUGCUGCCGCCGAUAAAUCGCCCCCUGCACCACGUCGACGAGAUCCUCACGCCAUCUCCAACGCAGAGAAGCAGAUGAUGGAAAGAUUACGAUCGGCCGUUUCGCCGGGAGAUCCAAAGGAUCUAUACCAUCGCAUUGACCGGAUCGGUCAAGGUGCCUCUGGUUCAGUGUAUUUGGCCAUUGAUAGGAUGACUCGUGAAAAAGUGGCAGUCAAGCAAAUGGAUCUAAAAAAACAAACGCGGCUCGAUCUUCUUAUCAAUGAAAUCGUCAUCAUGAAGGAAUCGAGGCAUGAAAAUAUUGUCAACUUCCUCGAUGCCUUUCUUGUUCGCAACGAUCUGCACGUCAUCAUGGAAUUCAUGGAAGGCGGUCCACUGACUGAUAUCAUUGAAAAUAAUCAGUUGACCGAGCAACAGAUUGCCACCAUUUGCUUUGAGACGAUCAAGGGGCUUCAUCAUUUGCAUACUCACGAUAUCAUUCAUCGUGAUAUCAAAUCGGAUAACGUAUUGCUGAAUUUUGAUGGCCAAGUGAAAAUCAGUGAUUUUGGCUAUUGUGCAAAGCUAACGGCUCAAAACAACAAGCGAGCUACCAUUGUCGGUACACCAUACUGGAUGGCUCCUGAAGUAGUGAAGCAAAAGGAAUAUGGUGCCAAAGUCGACAUUUGGUCCUUGGGGAUCAUGGUCAUUGAAAUGAUUGAAAAUGAACCCCCUUAUCUGGAUGAGGAACCGCUCAAGGCUUUAUUUUUGAUUGCCACCAAUGGAACGCCUUCGCUCAAAUCGCCCGAACUCUUGUCAAAAGAACUGAAAAAUUUUCUCGCAGUUUGUCUAUGUGUCGACGUCAAAUCAAGAGCUACUGCCGAAGAACUGUUGGAGCACGAAUUUUUGAAGAAAUCUGCUCCAAUUGGUGCUCUUCCCAUGCUUUUACGAUUCAGGCGCAAGAAUUAUUUGCAAUGA